CCUGUCCUGAAACAAGAUGGCUGUUCUGGGCUGCUUUUAAACCUGUCCUGAAACAAGAUGGCUGUUCUGGGCUGCUUUUAAACCUCUACAGGAUCAGUGUCCUGAAAUCUGGACAGCUGCUGCUCAGUAUGUGACUAGAAAGGCAUUCUAAACAACUUUCCGGGACAUCGACAUGUCUUAUAUCAUCAGAAAGCUUAAAUGUUUGUUAAUCUAACCGCAGUGUCUAAUUUACAGUAGUUUAUACAGCGGGACAAAAUACCAUGCUAUUGUUUGGGGAUAGUGCACAACAUCAGAAUACUUAUCAAUGCAACUUGUUUGAUACAUUCACCUCUGACAUAUUGGCUACACAACACGUCAAUUAGCCUAAUGAAGGUAAGCCACUGUUAGGCACCAAUGAGACCAGCGGUGUUCACUUGAUUGACAGAGUCUUGGUCCAAGGACCACCUAUCAUUUUGAAAGCGAUCUAGCUAGAUAGCCAAUGAGCUGGGCUUUCCAGCAGCAUGUGAACGCCUUUUGUACUACAAACAACCAUCAUGCUAGAGCUGUGGGCAACAGUGUUCAUUCUCUGGUGAAAGCAAACAGGACUCACGUUGGUUAAUGAUACGCAGUGGUUCGUUCUCUUCUACAAACUUUUCUCAAAACUAAAAAACGAAAACAUGGCUACUACUAGUGGAAAAGCUACAUCGAAGUCCAAGUUUACAAAUUUGGAUGAGAACAUUGCAGAAAUGGACUGGGAGAGUGACACAGAACUCAUGGAUGAGGACUCCAUGAGUGAGUACAGUUUUGAUUCCAGUGAGGAAGAAAUGUUUUUGGAAGGAGAAGAUCCACUUUUAGAUCAAGGUAGAGACUCUGAUGACCUCUGGGAGCCAUCUCCAAAGAAACCACAUUCAAGUCCAUCCCACACUCAUUCAAACAUAGGAACUGGCUCCUCCAGUCUGACCCCCGCUGCUGUCUCUGGCUCCACAGCCACCCGGCCAUCUAGAGGUGUUAUGAGUCCAGACCAGAAGCGGAGGAGGGCCAGUGUACCAGCGGCAACUACCACCGAGGGAGAGGACCGUUGGCGCACUGUGCUAGAGGAUGAUGUAGAGCCACUUCGACCAACAUUUCGACCUAAAAGGCAGCCAGGACCUCAGCUGGACAUGACUGGAAAGUACAGCCCCCUUAAUCUUUUCCAGAUGUUUUUCUCCUCGUCAGUUCUUGAUUUGCUUGUGUCGAACACCAACAAGUAUGGGGCUAAGAAGCAAGCAGGCAAGAAAGAGGCAUGGAAGCCCAUUUCCAUCCAAGACCUGUACUGUUACAUCUCACUGGUAAUUUAUAUGGGGAUUGUGAAGUUGAAAAACCUGACGGACUACUGGAGAAGCUCAAGACUCUACCAACUGCCUUUCCCCGCAACUAUCAUGUCUUGUAAGAGGUUUCUGACCGUCUCGCGGGCGCUUCAUAUUAGUGACCCACAAGCUGACGACAACAAUGACAAGAAGAAGGGCACAGCAAGCUUUGAUAGGCUCUGCAAAAUCAAACCUCUCUACUCCAGCAUUGUUGAGGCCUGCAAGACCCAUUUUCAGCCUUCCCAGAACCUGUCCAUCGAUGAGAGGAUGGUAGCCUCAAAGGCCAGAAUUGGCAUCAAGCAAUAUAUGCCUAACAAGCCAACAAGAUGGGGUUACAAGCUGUUUGUUUUGGCAGAUUCUGCAUGUGCCUACACUUGGAAUUUCUUUGUGUAUGAGGGGAAGACCAUCUCAGCCACCGGUAUGGGACUUGGUUAUGAUUCCGUUAUGAAAUUAUUGGAUUUUCCACUGCUGGGGACGGGCUACAAAUUGUUUGUGGAUAACUUUUACACAAGCCCUACCCUGUUUAUAGACCUGAGGAAGCUGAAUGUAUGGUCUUGUGGAACCAUUCGUCCCAACGGAGUGGGUUUUCCCACAACAAAAGUAAACGACAUGCCUAAGAGGGCUGAAAGGGGUACCAUACGAUGGAUUCGUAAAGAUGACCUGCUCUUUGUGAAGUGGAUGGAUGCCAGAGAGGUGGUCAUGUGCUCCAGUAUCCACAAAUCGUACAGUGGCGAUCACAUCCGCAGGCGUGCGAAGGACGCUAAUGGGACAUGGACAAAGAAAGAUGUCCCCGUUCCAGCUGCUGUGAAGGAUUACAAUAAGAGCAUGGGAGGUGUGGACCUGUCAGACGCGCUGAUAGGCUACUACAAUGUUCUCCACAAGACAAUGAAAUGGUACAAGACAUUGUUUUAUCACUUCAUCGACAUUGCUGUGGUGAAUGCAUUCAUCCUCCAGAAGGAAAAGGCUAAGAUCUGUGGACAGACCCCCAUGAGACAGCUAGCCUUCAGAGAGCUGCUCAUCCAGGAGCUUGCUGACUACGGCACAAAGUCCACUGCAGCACCUUCUGUCCUCUCUACCUCUGUCCCCUCUACCUCUGUCCGCUCUACUCCUGCCUCCAGUGAUGUUCACCUGCCAAAAUACAUCACUGCAGACCUGAAUGUGCCUCAGGGCCAAAAGGGCUCAGUAGGGAGGCGUCGUUGUACUCUGUGCCACAAGAAAUCUCCCAUCACCUGCACUACUUGUGCUGUUACCCUCUGCUUUACAACAGAGAGAGACUGCUAUGGACCUUGGCAUCAGCAGCUCAAUCUGGUGUAGAGGUGUUACCCUCUGCUUUACAACAGAGAGAGACUGCUAUGGGCCUUGGCAUCAGCAGCUCAAUCUGGUGUAGAGGUGUUACCCUCUGCUUUACAACAGAGAGAGACUGCUAUGGGCCUUGGCAUCAGCAGCUCAAUCUGGUGUAGAGGACUGUGGGUGUUCUGAAUACUCUAAUUGUAAGUAGUGUUUUUUCUCCCUCAGUUUGUGGUGUUACACUUAUGACAUUAGAUCAGUGUUGGCUGCUAACGUGGACGGUUAUCUUAAAUUGUUCACUUCUGUGUUUUGGGAGGCAUUGGUUCAGCGUUCUCGUCGCGUCUCCUGUUAGUAACUUUUAUGUCGGGAUGCUAAUGAUCCAUUACGUAUGACAUUCCUGGGAGUGUGUAAACUUUAUUAUUAAAGCAUUUUAGUAUGUUCUCUAUAGGUAUGUACUUUCAAAUGGACCAAUUUGUCCACUUGGGUACAUUUGGGAAAACUCGUGAGGGACACCUGGGAAACUUCAUACCAAAUAUUAUGUAGCUCUCUCAUUCUUGAGUGUAACUUUGCACACACAUUGUUACCCUGUUGUUGACAACAACUGAAUUAUAGAAAACCAAUAUUUUUUUUAUUUUUUACUAUGGUGGUCUAUUCUCCUGCAUUAUUCUCACCCCUCCACAGACUUAUAAGUGGUUCCAUUCAAAUAGUAUCAAGAAUCAGCAUAUCCUUUCUUCAGGUCUAGCUAUGCAGGUAUGGAUCCAUCCAGUCUAAAUGGAUAUUUUAACACCAGUCUUUAAUUUGUCCUUAAAGGGGUAGUUCAACGUUCAAUGUGAAGUUUGAUUUCCUUUUUAAAUAUUAUUUUAUUGGUAUGUACAUAACAUUUCCAUACAACUUUUUUUACUUGUACAGUUUAGCUGAACGCAACAUGUUUGAGCGAUCCCGUCCUUCUGCUGAACAUGAUGAAUAUUCUCUUUGGAAUCUCGUUCGUCUGAACUCCUGUUGAGAAAAGGAAUAGCUGACUUCAGCAGAGGGCUACGUAACCUGUCAUAAAGGCUACAUAUGUAAUGUCUAACUACCUCCAUGUGCCUGCCUGGUAUCUGGUCCCCACCCAGACACCAGGCAGGUGAAGCUUUUGCCUUAGGUUUCCUCUGUAUGUGGCUGAACAGGGAGUCGUGAUGCCAACUAGACUGGUCCUGAUGGUGGUACCAGACUGGUCACUAGAAGAUGCCUGUUACUGAACUACCACAAGGUUUCUGCCCCCCUGGUUGAGGUCCUAGUGUCUGCCGUGUUUGGAAAGAGCUCGUUGGCUGCUGAAGUGUUGCUGUGCUGGUGGAGCGGGAAGCUCUCCUGUUUGGUCUGCAAGGAAGUGAGACAUCUUGUUGGAACUGGGGAAAACCAGGCCAAGUCAAUUCAACCCUGUGACUGUGUUUUGAUGUAUAAAUAAAUCUACAAAU